AUGUCCGAAAAGCACCGAGCGCUGCCGACGUGGAUGCAAAAGAAAACCAAAGACAAAGCGCCUCUGAAGAGUCAGAGAAAACGGAAAUCCGCAAGGGUUGCUUUCUACUGCAUGAACGAGGCCGAGCUGGUGGAAGCAGCCGUUUCCUGUCUUACCCACCACGGCCGCGAGGAUGCGGUGCUCCCGGUUCACCAGCAGGGGGCUGCAGAGGAAAAAGCAAAGCACACCACGGUGAAGAAAGAGGAACCCGGCAGAUCAAAAAUAACAGCAGAGCCCGAGAAUUUAGAGGAAGGCGAUGACCUGGAGACCACAUACGUCUCCGAAACAGACUCGGACAUCACAGAGAUGGAGACGUUGCCAUAUACAGAGCGUCCUGGGUGUGAGGCGGGGGGACCAGGGGCGGCUCGGGACGAAUGCGGACUCAAGGACACUGAUGUGGACACUGAAAGGAAAAAGGGGCAGCUGCAUACGUCAGGAGGAGUUUCGACUGAGGAGGAUGAUCCCCUCCGGCUCGUACGGGAAAUUUUCUUCAGCUGA